GGGCUCUAGCUGGGGCUUGGCCAGCUGCAGACGCCGAUUGAGCGCGGAGGCCGAGGACUGGCUCUCUUUGUACCACGCACACCAUGUGGUCCGCACCUGACAGGCUGUGCAAACUCUGACUGGCCUGGAAUUUAAUGUAUAGACCAGGCUAGCCUUGAACUCCCAGCUUCCCAAGUGAGUGGAGAGAAACGGCGAGAGGACACUGAAGAGCGCCAGCUGCCUGCUUUGAAAGACCACAGAGAAGCUGGAGAAGUUAGCAUGAUUCUGAAGACUGGUGCACAUACUGAAGCCAGAGGACAACUCAGGGUACUCAGUUCUCUCCUAAUGUGUGUCCUGGGGAUCAAACUGGAAUCAUCAGAUUUGGUGGUGGCCCCACUCAACCUUGAGGCACCUGGAGAAGAGAUCUAGUCUGCACCAUGAAACUGUGGCUCUUUGCCUGCCUGCUCGCCUGCCUUGUUGGAGCCUGGGUGCCUGUUGUCCAUGCCCAAGGUGCCUUUGAAGACUGCUGCCUGGGUUAUCAAUCCAAUCUCAAAUGGAGUAUUCUCAAGCGUGCUAAGUGCUAUCGCAAGCAGGAAGUGAGUGGGAGCUGCAAUCUUCCAGCUGUGAUAUUCUACUUCCGCCAGAAAGGCCCGGUGUGUGCGAACCCGGAGGACAAGGAUGUGAAGAGGAUCUUGUUGCCUAGGAACAAGCCUGUUGGCAGUCCCAAGAAGUGCACCCCAGCAGGCUCUCAUACUGAAAGAAAGAAGUCAAAUCAUGCAAAGUCCAAGUUAGGGAACCUCAGAAUUACCAGCAGGAGAAAUGCCACCCUAGGCCGGCCUAGGGUGGUGAGGAUGACCAGAAAGAUCACCCAUUAAGUUACGCAGAGUGAGCA